AUGGGUCACAUUAUGAUGGACGUGGACAAUAAAGACCAAAAGGUAGAUAUCAAGGCAGACAUGAUGACAUCAAACGACAGAGCAGACAUCGACGUCACCAUCAAAUUCCCCAACCAGAGAAAGGGAAUGAAUCUGAAGACAACCGUCAAUCUUCCCAAGGGCGACAUUAUCUUCAGCAGCACUUCUGAGUUCAGCAUAGAUCAGGAUCCCCAAAAGACCUUCAAGAUGUCCACAAAAUUAAUGUCGGAAAGAAGGGGUCAACAUGAAAUGUACACUAUGCAGAUGGACGCUGGACACGACCACACUGGUUUUGCUACUGAGGUGAUCGGCCGAGUAAGCAGCAGCCCAGAAAAGUACAAUGCCGAUGUCGAGAUGGGAUAUUUAACCUUAAAACGUCAACAGCAAAAGUUUGCCAUUCGUGGAGAAAUUCACACACUCAACCGUGAAGCUAAUUUGAAGCUGGAAGCCCCAUCAAAGACCAUUGAAUUGGAUGGAUCUAUACGUACCGGAAACAGAUUCAUGAUGUCCGCUUUAAAGAAAGAAAGUGGUAAAGAAAACAUGGAAGCUCUCUUCAAAUUGAACCCAAAUUCCAAGAGAAUGAACAUCAUCUUCAAUUAUGACGAAGCCGAUCCUAACAAGCUAUACCGCAUUGACGCCGAUCUGAUGAAGACUAAGGCCAACUUGAAAGCUUAUCGGACCAACAAACAAAGGAAACAAUUCACUGAUGGAAGAGUUACAGUUGAACUCAAAACAAACAAUCUUUUCCAAUCGCACAUCAAGUGGAAUCCAGAUUUUCUUGAAGAACUCAACAUGUUUGGUUACAAGAAAUUGACCAUGUACGGAAAGGAAUUGAAAUCAUUUGGAGACUCUGUGAUUCAUGUGCUGAACGAUGAAGUUUCCAUGAAAUUCGCUCUUGCCAAACGAUCAUUUAGCGAGGAGAUGGAACCCAUAAGAGAUUAUUUUGCAACUGAGUACAACAGUAUGGCUGAGGAUAUCACCAGAGUCAUGCGCCAUAUGAAUCGGAUGUUCGAACAGGAUUUUCUCUACGUAAAGACUGCAAUAACGGCCAUCAACAAUGAAUGGCAUGAAAUGUGGCUUUCCUUCAACAGAUUUCUUAAAGGAAUGAAGCAGAUGAUUGAAGACUUCAAUUGGGAUAUGAAACAUAGAAUGGAUGAAGCAAAGAAACAAUUCGACUACUACUAUGGCCAAUACAGUAUGCAGCUUAAGAACAAAGUCAACGAAUUCCACGAGUAUUGUAAACAAAAGUGCGAAAUGUUGUAUGAACGUGCAAUGGAAAUGAAAACUGAAAUUGUUUCUUUUCUGAAAGAUUAUCCAAGCACAAUUAAAGAUCUUAUGGAUCGGAUGCGCAGAAAUACGUACGGAGAGAAAUUGAUCGAUUUCCUAAUGACAAUGUAUGAAGAAGCUAAUAAAAAGACAGUACAAGCCAAAGAGCAUAUGCAGACUUUAACAUCUGCCAUUUAUUCGGCCCAUGCCACACUCAACCGUCAUAUUGCCAGAGUGAGACGUUAUCCAAUCGUUGAUGCUAUCAUGGAGGCAAUUAAUGAAAUCUACCAGCAGGCUUUGUGGGCGUACAAUUACUGGGAUGUUAGAGACAACGUGUUGGGACUGAAGAAGACCUUGUACAAAUUUGGUGCUGAGAAAAUCAAGGAAAUCAAGGACAUCGUCACUGAUGUUGGCAUGAAUACUUUGAUUUUCGACCCGAAACGUGGAGAGAUCAUUAUUGAGAUUCGCUUUGGUGCUGCCAAAUACGCCUACAACCACUUCAUGUCGAGUGUGGAAGAUCUAGAACGGGCUGUGAUGAAAUUGGGCAACCUUAUGCCAAAUAUCGACUUGAAUGUUUGGGAUAUUUACUACAUGAUGAAACCUUCUUCCGACCUCUACGAUUAUAUUCCUCCAUUCAAAGGUACGUCACAUUUCCAGAUGUUUUUUUUCCAUCAUAAUUGCUUUUUCUUUUUCCAAAUGACAACAAAUAUAAUUAUUGAUAUUUGA